GGGGUUCACAGAUAUGGUAACAGCAAAAUGGAAGGAGUUAAAACUUCAAGGCUAGGGCGGAUUCAUUUUAAAGGAGAAAUUGAAGAUGACAAAGGAUUUUCUCCGAGUGUGGUCAAAAUCCAAUAUACAGGAAGUGGACAGAAAAAUUAAGCAGGCCAGGGAGGAGAUAAACAGAGUUGAUAGCAACGGAGAAACAAGCAACUUGUCAAAUGAAGACAUUAUCGCUAAGAGCUCUCACUACACUGAGUUGUUAAAGAAUAUGCAGUUGAAAGAAGAGAUGGCUCAACAAAAAGCACGAAAAACUUGGCUGAAAUCAGGAGAUGCUAACACCAGUUUUUUCCACAAAUGCAUCAGAGGAAGAUGGCGGAGAAACGAAAUAAAUGUAAUUUCUGUAGAAGGCAAAGAGUUGAGAGAAGUUGAAGACAUAAAGCAAGGUGUUAUGAAGUAUUUUGCAGAAUUAUUCAUUGAUGAGGGAUGGCAAAGACCGACCUUAGAAGGGCUGAGUUUCAAAACUAUUUCAGAGGAGGAUAGACGCAUGCUCAUUCAACCUUUUACAGAAGAGGAGGUAAAAGCUGCGGUAUGGAAUUGUGAAAGCACCAAAGCACCGGGUCCAGAUGGUUUUACUUUCGGUUUUAUAAAAAUUGAAUGGGAGGUCAUUAAAGCAGAUAUCAGGGACUUUCUCAUGGAUUUUCACACAAAUGGAAGGAUAGUAAGGGGUUCUAAUGCUUCGUUCCUGGUUUUGAUACCGAAGAGAGAGAAUCCUCAAGGCAUUGAAGAGUAUAGACCCAUUUCCUUAAUUGGAUGCAUGUAUAAGAUUCUUGCCAAAGUGUUAGCUAACAGACUCAGCAGAGUAUUAAACACAAUUAUAGGGGAGAAUCAAUCUGCUUUCAUCGAAGGAAGACAAUUGGUUGACAGUGUUGUUGUUGCAAAUGAAGCAAUUGAUGACGUGAGGAAGAGGAAAUCCCGGUGUUUUGUAUUCAAGAUUGAUUUCGAAAAGGCAUAUGAUAAGGUGAGCUGGUCUUUUCUGGACUACAUGAUGGAGAAAAUGGGAUUCGACAAAGUAUGGCGGGAGUGGAUAGCUGAAUGUUUAAGAUCAAAUACUGUGUCCGUGUUACUUAAUGGAAGUGCUACAAAAGAGUUCUCGAUGUCAAGAGGGCUUCGACAAGGAGAUCCACUAUCUCCAUUUCUGUUCUUAAUGGUAGCAGAAGCACUAAAUGGACUAACUUCGGCAACAGUAGCAAAGGGUUAUCUUCGUGGAGUAAAAAUAGGAAAGGGGGAGUUAGAGAUUAGCCAUUUACAAUUUGCAGACGACACAAUCUUUAUGGGUGAGGCAACCGAAGAUAAUAUAUGGAUGAUUAAAUGCAUCAUGAGGGCCUUUGAAUUGGUGUCAGGCCUGAAGGUAAUUCAUGAGCUUGAUAAAAUUAGAAGAAAUUUCUUAUGGGGAGGAGUUGGGGGAGGGGGAGAUAAGGGUUUGUGGUCUAGGGUGCUGUUAGAAAAAUAUGGUGGCAAGGGAGGAAAUUGGAUAUCAUGGAUGAAAGAGGGCAGGGGAAUAGGAUCACCAUGGUGGAAGGAUAUUUGCAAAUUGAAUACAGGUUUAGGGAAUAAGGAUGGAUGGUUGCUCCCAAAUUUCAACUUAAAAUUAGGGGAUGGGACAAGUGUCAAGUUCUGGUUAGAUGUAUGGGUGGGUGAGGAUUCUUUAGCUAAUGUGUUUCCGAGACUAUUUUUGCUGGACAUAAACAAAAACUGCAGCAUCUAUGAUCGAGGACAAUGGUCUGAUGGAGGCUGGUGCUGGAGACUCCAAUGGAGAAGACCAAUCAGAGCAUGGGAGGAGGAAAACCUACAACAAUUGAUUGGGACCAUAAAUCACAUAAAACCAGUUCGAAACGUGAAAGACACAUGGAGAUGGAGGCCUGACAACGAAGGAAAAUACACCACAAGGUCAGCUUAUGAGCAGUUGGCAAAGAAAGAGGAAAGUACACUAAUGGAGUACAAAAAGAUAUGGAGUGCGCAAGUCCCUUCAAAAGUGAGCGCUUGUCCAUGGCAAAUGCUUCUGGACAGAAUUCCCACAAAGGUCAACUUGGCAAAGCGGGGCACUAUGGAUAACAACCAAGCACAGAUGGCACAAGGGCUCAAAAAUUAUGAAGAAAGGCUGGAAUAUGGUAUGGUUCACAAUAGUAUGGUCAUUGUGGUUGUCUAGAAAUGAAACAGCCUUUCAACA